GUAAGUGUACAUAUUUCAUAAUAUUCUUAAAAUGGGGCGUCGAUCAACUAACACUACUAAAAGUGGAAAGUUUAUGAAUCCUACUGAUCAAGCUCGUAAAGAAGCACGAAAACGUGAACUUAAAAAAAAUAAAAAGCAACGAAAAUUGGUCAGAGAAACUGUACUAAAACUCAAAGAUCCCACUCAAAUCAUUGAUGAAAUGCUUAGAUUAGAUUUGUUAGAAAUUGAACUUAUGUCUGAUGCAGUUAAUGAAAAAGUAAUUGCUGAUAAAAAGAAAAAACUUCAGGAGACUUUAUCAAGAAUAAUGACUCUGUAUGAAAAGACUGACAAAGAUAAAUAUGCAGAAAUAAAGAAGUACCAAGUUGAAUGUGACAGAAAAAGGCAUAAAGCUUAUCUUGCAUAUCAAUCGCAAAAGAUGAAAGAGCAAGAUGAAGAGAAUCGUAAAAAAGAAGCCGAAGAAGCGAAGUUCUCACUUGCAGAAGUAACGCUUCCACAAGGUGCUCUUGCUCCACAUGACAUUCCAAUGCCAGUAAUGAUGACUUCUAUUCCAAAUUUUCAACCGCCUAGUUAUUCAUCAACUAAGUACGGGAUACCUCAUAUACCAGGUUUACCCCCUGGACUUAUACCUCCAGGUCCUCCUCCUGGAAAUCCCCCUCCACCAAGUCCAGAAUAUCAAGGAAUAGAUAAUGAAGAAGAAAUGAAUCGGCGCAAAGCACAAGUUGAAAGCGAUGUUAUUGCAGAGUUAGAAAAGUUAGAACAUGAAUUCCAAGAUAUGGAACAUGAAGUUCAUGACCAGGAAUAUGAUGAAGAUGGCUCUGAUGUUGAAGAGUAUGAAGCUGCUGAAUAUCGUAAACGGAAAGUACGUUUUGAAGAUGAAACAGUUGAAGAUAAUGAAAUGUAUGUAAGAGAUGAAUCACUCUCGACCAGACAAAGGUUACUUAAAAUGGCAGGUCAUGACCCUAAUCAACUUCAAGGUAGUGUUCGAGGCAUAAUUCUACCUGGUCCUCCUCCUGGAAAUCCUAGAAUGAUGCCUCCUGGUCCACCACCUGGAAGGCCUCCAGGUCCACCAGCUGGUUUACCUAGACCUCCGCCAGGCCUACCCCCCAUGGCUUCUGGAAAUCGAAUGCCAGGAAUGCCUCCUCCACCUCCACCAGGAGUUCGUCCACCUUUUAUGACUGGCGUGGCAGCAAAUGUUUACUCAGCACAACCUCAAUUUGGUCCGCAAACUGUAUUUGAAAAAGGACCCGAAAUUAAAAAAGUAGAGAAAGAAGAUACUCAACGCACUAUAAUGGCUGCUCCAAAGUUGCGCAACAUACGAGCCGAGGUCACGAAGUUUGUGCCAACGGCUGUUAAACUUCGAAGGAACCUUCCACCUGGCAAAAAUAAAGCAAAACUAAAGGCACAGAUUGCAAUGACUUCUGAUAUUAACACUAAUAUGGAAAAACAGGUUCAUAAGCAUACAGAAGGACCCACGAAAGACGACGUAUAUGCAAAAUUUAUGGAUGAAAUGACAGGUUUCUUAUAAUAUUUAAUAUUAUUGUUACAACUUGAGACAAUGCAAAGAAAUCAGAAGUUAUUUUAUCGGACAAUUAAAGUCUAAUUAAAACGUGCGUUAUACGAAAAUGAAAGUCUUAAUAUACGUGCGUUACAAGAUACCUGUAGUAUUGAUUAUAGGACUAUGCUUCUUGGUGAUUGUUUGAAGAACAAUACUGUUGAAAGAUUCACUGAAACAACUACACAGAACAUUUCCCUCUAAAAUGUUUCUUUAGUGAUUAUAUUAAAUUUAGAUUAAAAUAUUCAUUGAACUUUUA